AUGGGGUUUACUUUGGCACAGCUUGCUAGCGCAUUGCUACAAGGUUCCAGAUGGAAAAAUGCUGCCCAGCGGAAAAGUUUGAUUAACCAAGCCAAAUGUAGUUUGAUCGCGAACAUGAGCAGGAGAAAGGCCAAUAUAAGAAUCUGGCGGUCUGAUGUUGCUCAGCUUCUGCGGAUUGGCCUACACGAAGAGGCAUGGUCGAAGGUUGAACGAAUAUGUAAAGAGCAGUUUAUGGUCUCAGCAUAUGCCCAACUUUAUCAAUUUUGUGACUGCGUUUACCUCAACUAUGAUCCGAUGAGCAGUUGUAGCAGUGAAUUGUCAGAUGAUGUUCAUGAAGCAGUGUCGAGUUUAAUAUAUGCUGCUUCAAGAUGUGGUGAUGUCCCGGAGCUUCAUAGUAUGAGAAACAUGUUUAAGAAACAUCUAGGCCAGGGGUUUGAAAGGAAUUGUGUUGAAUUGGGACCUGGAAACAAUGUCUAUCCUCAAAUAAAGCAAUAUUUAAGCAGAAAACUCGUCGUGCCAGAGGAUGUGAAGCAUCAACUGAUGAAUGAUGUAGUGAAUGAAGAGAACAUAGCUUGCUUGCGAAUAUCAUUCAAAAGUGGCCAGGACAUUGUUCCAGAAUCUCAAAGGGCGAGAUAUAGCAAGACGAACAGGAGACAACAAGGUGCUACAUUCAGAAAUGAAUUGGAGUCUGAAGAUAUAUCAGUUACCAAAAACCGUGGGUGGCAGAGUUCAUCAGAAAUUGUAGCUGAAACUCAAAAGAAAGCCAGUGAUCGAAAGCCUAGCUUUAGCCAUGUCCACCCAAAGCUUCCUGACUAUGAUGACUUGGUUGUGAAAUUCACAGAUAUGAAAAAAAAAUCUGCGCAGAAAUAUUCAAACAGAAACAUGAUAGAAAGGCUGAUCGCGAGACAUUACUAGCUUAUGAGGACAUUAGUGUGCGCAUUCAACAAACUGCCUUUUGU